CUGAUUAGGCCAUGCAAAAAUAGCCAAUUGCCAGAUAAAGCCAAUAAGUAGCUGGAACAAUUUUAGAUAUUUCUAUAAAUACAGGGCGCUCUAGAAUCACCCUCUUAGUGAUUCAUAGACCCCGCCCUUUUAUCACAAUUCCGCGAAGCUAACUGCUUAUUCAAAGCGCUCCGAGCUGGAUAUUUUGUUAAGGCCACGUUGAAGAUAUAUGGCCGAAAGCUAUUUGAAACUUGAACCCACACUUACGUUCUCUGGCGUCGACAUGGCAGUUUGCGGAUUUGUCGAGGAAACCGGCAGACCUUGCACCUUAAACCACCACCACGACGAACCUUUCACCCUGGCUAAGUCGGGACCAACUAAACCGAUCGCAUCCACGGAUUAUCCCAUGGUGAUUCCUAGAGAUCCAAAUGAUGCACAAUGGCUAACCCAGCAUCCCUUAACCAUCCUGAUAGCCCCUUUCCACCGAUUUCAGAUGGCACUCUGCAAGUGUGCAAGAGGUUUCCCUGUGUGCCGCUAAAUGUUGUCUGUGUGAAAAUCGCUGUAUGAGUAUCGUUCAGCGUUUCGCGCGAUGCUUAAAACUGGUGACCCACGUUGGGUCUGAGUUAGUCGUUAACGCGCGGCCAACACGAUCACAUCGCAGACCCAAACACAACCACACCGGACCCAAACUAUACACCAUAUAGCAUAUGCAUAGGCAUAGUAUAGUGUGCAUAGUGUAUAGUGUACAUAUUAUUUAGUCUGGU